AUGGCAUCAAUACCUAUAGGAUUUCUCUUUGCCGAGCUAGGAAGCACUGAUAGCACUGAAUCAGUGUCUUCGGUCGCAUCAGCCCCUACUAGCCCUCCACCUAUGGAAGCCCCCCCUGAGGGCACAUAUUACGACACCCCAGAGCUCGGAAUCGCUGCAGUGAACGCCUUCGCCCAAGAGCAUAGCUAUGCGCUUACUACCCGACGUAGUAAGCGCACAAAGAAGGGUGUUUUGAAGACAAUUCGGCUUAGCUACGACCGCGGACGAGAGUAUGAUAUACGAUGGCAGGAGAAGCAAGACAAUCCUAUACGCAAGACCUAA